AUGAGGCGUGGCAAUGGGGAGUUGUUCUAUAAGCAUGCGUUUUUCAAUGGAGUUGCAUUCAAGGAGGCGGUUCUCGAUUAUGUUCUCAAAACCGGGAGAAAUCUGAAGCAGUACAGGUAUGAUAAAGCGAAAAUAGGGUAUAAAUGCGUUGGUGUUAAUGAUGAGGAUGGAUCUAAAUGUGAGUGGAAGGUUUAUGCGUCGAUUCUUUCAAAUGAUAGGGUAUGGAAGAUCAAUAAAUUUGUUGAUAAGCAUAGCUGUAUCCCAAAUGGAGAGUGUGAGAUGUUAACAGUGCCUCAUAUAGCUAGGUUGUUUGUUGAUAAGAUUAGAGAUGAUCUCGAGUACUUCAUGCCUAGGAAGAUUGAGGAAAUCGUAAUGAGAGAUUGGAAGAUUAGUAUCACUAGGCCUCAGUGUCAAGCUGCUAGGAAGACUGCUAGAAAGUGGAUUGAGAGGGAGUAUGAUGAGCAGUUCCAUAGAUUAAGAGAUUAUGCAGCUGAGAUUAUGGCAUCAAACCCGAAUUCACAUGUAGAGGGCGAGUGUAUUACAGACGAUGAAGGGAAGGACAUGUUCAACAGGUUCUAUGUUUGUUUUGACAACAUUAGAAGAACAUGGAUGGCGACUUGUAGGCCGAUCAUAGGAAUUGAUGGUUGCUUUUUGAAGAAUAAGAUUAAGGGUCAGCUAUUGGUAGCUUUAGGCAGGGAUGCAAACAAUGGUAUAUAUCCAAUAGCAUGGGGAGUUGUCAAGGGAUUGAUCAAAGUUGUUUCUGAGGAGUUACCAAAGAUAGAGCAUCAGAUGUGUGUUCAACACAUCUUCGGGAACUUGAAAAAUGUUCAUGGAAAUAAAUCUCGAUUGAAGCCACUACUAUGGGAUUUGGCAUGGUCUUACAAUGAGACAGAGUAUAUGCGGCAUUUGGAGAGGAUAUUUGCUUAUGAUUCUCGCGUUUACAGUGAUGUAAUGAGGACAAAUCCAAAGAGUUGGUGCAGGGCAUUCCACAAGGUUGGUAAUUACUGCAUAGAUGUCGACAAUAACCCGACUGAGUCAUUUAACAGCUCCAUCAACAAGGCAAGAGUUAGAGGCAAUAAGACGACUGGCCAUGGGAUCUCUACUCCAUAUGUUGUUAUGUUUCUUGCGGAUGAGCAAAAACUAGCAUCUACGGCUAAGGUAUCAACAAGCACAAAUGGCACAUUUGAAGUCAAAGUCAGUGGAGACUCUCACCGUGUCUGUCUAAAGAAGAUGACUUGUACGUGUCAGAAGUGGCAAAUUUGUGGCAUCCCAUGUGAGCAUGCAUAUGGUCUCAUCAUUCAUAAGACGCUAAAGGCUGAAGACUACGUCUGCCAGUGGUUCCGAACAGCUAUAUGGAGGAGAAAUUAUGAAGAAGGCCUAAUUCCAUAA